AUGGUAAAAACAUUUGAACAAGCUAACGUGCGUGUAUGUGAAGCAUUGCUCGUGAAAAAUGAGCCCAUGAGGGUCCCACUGUCUAGAUAUGAACUGUUCUUACACGGCAAUGCACCUGGAGGCGGGGACACGCAAGACGCGGUGGGCGUACGGGCAACGGUGGUAUCUUCUGCGUCAGAAGCUGGCCUUGAGCUGAAUGGGCUGCAGGACGCGCUGGUGUCGGGCGCAGUGUUGACGGAGCUGGCGGGCGAGAGAGAGGGCAGGGUGAUCGGGUGCUCGGUCCAGCUGCUACCGACAGGCCCCUCAGUUGGGCCCAUGCAACGCGCAUGGCUGGACCUGUAG